AUGGCACCGUGUAUGUGGGAGGAGGCGGGACUUCAGAAGUCUAGAAAUCACUUGCCUCCGUCCUCCGCUUUCUUCACCGUGGGUGCAGCUGCUGUCUCGGUGACUGCCAUCUGUUUUUUUUUCCAGACGAGAACUGUGAUCAUCCAUGUGGUGGGAACUCCAACUCAAUCUUCCUCUCCCCUACGUUACACUGCGGCUGUGUGGAAUGACAGAAGACACUCGGUUACGCCCUUCUCUCAUCCCGAAGUCACAGCAAACACCUCCAAUUACAGCUGCUUAGUUUUCUGUCGAUGCAGUCGGAUGGCUGCCUCGGCAGAGGAACUGACGGCUCUGGGUGUUGGAAUGCGUCAGUUGGGUAUUGGAGGAGUUGGUGUAAUAGAAGCAUGGAAUCACCUGGAGACUAACUAG